AUGUAUAUCGUGGUCAAAAGGGUGUCCAAGACUUCUGAACAUGGGAUCAAGGAGUAUACUGCGGAAAUUAAAAUAAUUAGCCAACUGAGACACAAAAAUCUGGUGGAACUCAAGGGCUGGUGCCAUGAGAAAAGCGAGCUCCUGCUUAUUUACGAGUUUAUGGAAAAUGGGAGCUUAGAUUUACAUCUGUUUAAACAGAAAAGCUGGUUGACAUGGGACAAGAGGAAAAGAAUUGCAUAUGAUCUGGCUUCUGCUUUGUCAUAUCUUCAUGAAGAUUGCAAGGAAUGUAUUUUGCACAGAGAUGUUAAAUCGAACAAUGUUAUGUUGGACUCAAAUUUUAAUGCAAAGCUUGGUGAUUUUGGGUUAGCUAGGUUGGUUGACCAUGACAAAAACUCUAAGACAACCAUGCUGGCCAGGACAUUGGGUUACAUGGCUCCUGAAUAUGUGAUGACCGGCAAAGCAAGUAAAGAAUCCGAUGUAUAUAGCUUUGGAGUUGUUGCACUUGAAAUAGCUUGUGGGCAAAAACCCAUCGGGUACACGGCUAAUGAGGAAAGACAAACAACUUUAGUAGAAUGGUUUAGGAUCUAUAUGGGACUGGAACUCUUCUAG